UAUCCCGCCUUGAGAAGUGAAUUGUUAGUUAGUUUAAAUCAUUUGCAGUUAAGUUGAUUUAGUUUCUUUUAUUGUGUUUGUCAGUGUGUUUCAAACCACAAUCAACUUAAAUCAUCACAAUAUCAACAACAAACAUUGAUAUUAAUUGUGUGGUCACCAAGAAAGAGAGAGACUUAAAUUAUUAUUAAGAUAAAUAAUAUAAACUUAAAGGAGAGAGAGAGAGAGAUUCAAUCAACAGUAAUUCAGUCAAUUGUUUUUCCCAAUAAUUUAAUUGUGUAUCCAAAGGAUGACUAUUGAUAGUCCAACAUCAACUCAUUCAACUUUAAUUAACUUCCCAAUUGAAUUGAAAAUGUCCACUGAUAGUAUCAUUAAAAAGGAGAUACCUGUUGGGUCACCGACAUCCUCAUCUCCACCAUCAAGUACACCACCAACACUAACGACAACAAUUACAACAAAAUCAUCAACCUCAUCAUCAACACCACCAACAUCAUCAUCAUUAUCACCGCCAUCAUCUACAACAAUAACAACCCAAUCAUCAUCAUCAUCAUUAUCAACAUCAUCUUCAUCUUCAUCUUCUUCAUCAACUGUACCAUCUUUGUUAUCUUCAUCUUCCUCUCCAUCAACAACCUCAUCAUCAUCUUUAUCUCAAUUGAAUAAUAAUCAUCACCAUCAACAACAACAACAACAGCAACAUCCACAACUACACCAACCUCAUCAUCUUCAACCUCACCUUCAUCCUCAUCUUCAUCCUCAUUUAAACUCUCAUCCUGCUCAUCAUCAUCUACAUAAUUCAUCAUCUUCUGUAUCAUCGUUUUUCAUUAAAGACAUUCUGAGUGGCAGUUUUAUCAAUAAAUACACUUUACAACAAUAUGGUUCUAAUCAUCCUCUUCAUUAUCAAAUGAACAAAAAUCACCAAAAUUAUCAACCCACCGUUGAAUCAGAUGAUGAGAAUGAUUUUUACGAUUCUGAUGAUGAUACAAGUGAACGUAGUUUCAGUAAAAGUGACAAUAAAAUUGGAUUAAAAAUGCAAAAGAAACAAAGAAAAGCUCGAACCGCUUUCACCGAUCAUCAAUUACAGACUUUAGAGAAAAGUUUCGAGCGAGCCAAAUAUUUAUCGGUUCAAGAUCGAAUGGAACUUGCAGCCAAAUUGAACUUAAGUGACACCCAAGUGAAAACUUGGUACCAGAAUCGUCGGACAAAAUGGAAACGACAAACGGCCGUUGGUCUUGAGCUUUUAGCCGAAGCGGGUAAUUACGCUGCAGUCCAACGGAUGUUACAAUCAUCUCCUUACUGGAUGAAUCAGAUCGCUAAUUAUGCCAAUGGUUUACCUCGACCUGCACCAACAUCGCCGACAAUGUUACCUUUCGAUAUUUAUUAUCGUCAGGCCGCCGCAGGUCUACCAGUUCCCGUUCCUCCUCCACCUCCAGGAUCUAAUCCGACAAAUUUGUAUCCAAAUUUCAUCUUCUCUUCAUCCUCAUCCGCAUCACCACCUUCAUCUUCAUCCUCUGGGCAACAGCAACAAUCAUCUUCAUCACCUUCCUCAUCUUCAGCAACCUCAUUGGAAUCAACUAAUCCUCAAUCAUCAAAAUGAGUAAUUGUCUAAUUAAUUUACUCAAAAAAAAAACUGAAAACAAAAUUCAUUGAAAAAAAAAUUGAAAACCUUGAAAAGCUACAAUUGAUUAUUAUUGAAUUUAAUUGAACAAAAUUAUCAUCAUUAUCCUCAUCUAUUUAAUUCACAAUUAAAACUAAUACCAAUCAAACACAAACAUAAA